AUGCUAACAUCUCUGUCGACGUUGCACCGGGAUGUUCCCAAGAGCUACUGGCAAAAUAUUUUGUGGACAAAUGAAACUAAAGCUGAGUUGUUUGGAAGGAACACACAACAUUAUGUGUGGAGAAAAGGCACAGCACACCAACAUCAAAACCUCAUCCCAACUGUAAAGUAUGGUGGAGGGAGCAUCCUGGUUUGGGGCUGCUUUGCUGCCUCAGGGCCUCAGGGCCUGGACAGCUUGCUAAAAAUGAAUUCCCAAGUUUAUCAAGACAUUUUGCAGGAGAAUGUUAGGCUCUCUCUCUGCCAAUUGAUGCAACAGGACAAUGACCCAAAACACAGAAGUAAAUCAACAACAGAAUGGCUUCAACAGAAGAAAAUGCACCUUCCGGAGUGGCCCAGUCAGAGUCCUGACCUCAACCUGAUUGAGAUGCUGUGGCAUGACCUCAAGACAGCAGUUCACACCAGACAUCCCAAUAAUAUUGCUGAACUGAAACAGUUUUGUAAACAGGAAUGGUCUAAACUUCCUCCUGACUGUUGUGCAGCUUGGAUGUUGGUCCACCACCUCAAGCUCAAUCUCGACAAGACGGAGAUACUCUUCCUUCUGGGGAAGGUGUGCCAGCUCCAAGACCUCUCCAUCAAGAACGCUGCAGCCCGCCUGGUGUUAAACCUGCCAAAGUUCUUCCAUGUCACCCCACUCCUCUGCACAGUCCACUGUCUUCCAGUUGAAGCUCGUAUCCACUACAAGACCAUGGGCACCAAUGAAUCAAAGUCUGAGGUCCUGGAUGUCUUUGGAGCUUUGAACAGUCUCAACAGUGAUAACGAUCAAAAUGUGCAAUUCAUCCGCCUGUGGUUCAACGUCCAGCUGCUGGAGGUUUUGAAAAUCCUUUCACCAAACCAGAAAGCUGAAUUGAUACUGGACCCAAGCACUGGCGCUCUGGAGAAUGAGACUCUUGUGAAGAACGUUUUCAUCAGCUUGCUGGAAUCUCCAAGGGAAGAGCAGCUCAAUGAGUUCUUUGUGACUUUUGUUGAAGUCACCAAGCAGGAAAACAUCACUAUCAUCACAAACACAGCCGUAAGAGACACAAUGCUAGACCUGACCUUGAUGGCUCUUGCUCCCAAAUUCGACGUUUUUGAGCCAAAAGACUUCCAGCUAUGGUUCCAAGUCAAUCUGGUUGUUCUGCUGGCCAGCUUCCAUCCUGGCAGAUUGGUUGAUAUCCCCCUAAACAUCACCUGUGAAUCCUACAAUGCCAUAAUUACGGGUCUCAAACAAAGUUUGGAAUCUCUUCCGCCUCACCUCUCACAGGGUGUAAAGUCAAGCUUGGAUGCACUGAUGAAGACAUUCCAACGUUGCUCAAGGCCUCCAGCUUUAAUUGUGUGCAAAGAAACAUUGGUCAAUGAGAAACAACUUUGUGCUGGAUUUAACAGCACACAACUGAAGCAACAAAUGUCGAUUGGGAAUCCCAAUGAAUCCCUUUGCAAUUUCAACAUCUCUGAAUAUGCCUGUUCCUCAACAACCCUUCUGUCAGCGGACAACUUGGUGACGAUCCUGAAAUGCAAAUUGUCCAGCAAAAAGACUUACUCAACAGAAAUGUGGAAGCUGUUCUUCCAAAACAAUGCUGCUAUUCUGGACCAGGCUCUUCUGGAUUACUCUAGCAUGAACCCCAACACCAGCAGUCCAGCUAUGCCAAAUGUCCUUGAUGCCAUUGGAGAUGUCAAACUCAACAACUUCACGAAUGCACAGCUGAACAACGCCAGUUUCGUUGACAAGUUGUUCCAGAAGAUGCUCCGUCCAUUCUUGGCAUCUCCAUCUAGGAAUUUCCUCUCCUGUCUCAGCUCAAAGAACUUCAGUUGUCAGACCUACCAAAUUGUCAUUGAGGCUCUAAGCAACCAAUCAGCCUCCAUGGACAGAGAGCAACAACGAGUGAUCUUCACUCAUUACAUCUAUCCAUUCCUUUCAAGAAAUGACUCAUCAGAUCCCGGCUGUGUCUCAAACACCAGUGGAAGCAUGGACUGGCUCCAGAGGAACUUUGGCAUCUUUUCUGUUUUUGCAGAACUGCAGGAGUUACAAGUCCUUAAUCCCGACUUCUCCAGCAAGGAAUCACUGUCGCUGCUUACCCCAACCCAAGUGGCACAAUUGACAUUGACCUCUGGGGCAUUGAAUGACACAGAUGACAUUAAACUUGUGUUUACGCGGCUGGAGGAAGGAGACGCUUUCAAAAAUGUUGACGAGUUUCUGACGCAACUGACCGCAAAGGAAGAGAUUCCUGACAUCCAUCCAGCCGUGAGAGAUGUGAUGAUGAAUCAGACGUUCAACAUCAUCAGCCUUCAAUUCCCAGAGUUCGAAACGCUGGACUGGAUUGCAUGGUUCGAAGUAAAGCUGAUUCCCAUCCUCCCCAGUUUUAAUGAAGUCAUGCUCACCAUUGCUACCUCAAACGUCAACUGCACCAACUACCAAGUCAUUGUAAAUGGAAUGGACAGAGCUUUCCCUGAAAUGACUCAGGAUAGAAGAGAAGGAAUCGCAAGAGUCCUGCUGAAAUACCUGAGGAAAUCUGUGCACCUCAUCAAUGGACCAGCUUGCAGGCAGGACAUCCACGAUGACAAUGACUGGCUUGCAAUCAACCUGGGUUCAUACUCCGAGUACACAACCUAUUCGGAUCUCAAAGACUUCAACAUCUCAGGGGUGGCAGUUCUAGACUCCCUCUCACCAAACCAGAAAGCUGAAUUGAUACUGGACCCAAGCACUGGCGCUCUGGAGAAUGAGACUCUUGUGAAGAACGUUUUCAUCAGCUUGCUGGAAUCUCCAAGGGAAGAGCAGCUCAAUGAGUUCUUUGUGACUUUUGUUGAAGUCACCAAGCAGGAAAACAUCACUAUCAUCACAAACACAGCCGUAAGAGACACAAUGCUAGACCUGACCUUGAUGGCUCUUGCUCACAAAUUCGACGUUUUUGAGCCAAAAGACUUCCAGCUGUGGUUCCAAGUCAAUCUGGUUGUUCUGCUGGCCAGCUUCCAUCCUGGCAGAUUGGUUGAUAUCCCCCUAAACAUCACCUGUGAAUCCUACAAUGCCAUAUUUACGGGUCUCGACCAAAGUUUGGAAUCUCUUCCGCCUCACCUCUCACAGGGUGUAAAGUCAAGCUUGGAUGCACUGAUGAAGACAUUCCAACGUUGCUCAAGGCCUCCAGCUUUAAUUGUGUGCAAAGAAACAUUGGUCAAUGAGAAACAACUUUGUGCUGGAUUUAACAGCACACAACUGAAGCAACAAAUGUCGAUUGGGAAUCCCAAUGAAUCCCUUUGCAAUUUCAACAUCACUGAAUAUGCCUGUUCCUCAACAACCCUUCUGUCAGCGGACAACUUGGUGACGAUCCUGAAAUGCCAAUUGUCCAGCAAAAAGACUUACUCAACAGAAAUGUGGAAGCUGUUCUUCCAAAACAAUGCUGCUAUUCUGGACCAGGCUCUUCUGGAUUACUCCAGCAUGAACCCCAACACCAGCAGUCCAGCUAUGCCAAAUGUCCUUGAUGCCAUUGGAGAUGUCAAACUCAACAACUUCAUGAAUGCACAGCUGAACAACGCCAGUUUCGUUGACAAGUUGUUCCAGAAGAUGCUCCGUCCAUUCUUGGCAUCUCCAUCUAGGAAUUUCCUCUCCUGUCUCAGCUCAAAGAACUUCAGUUGUCAGACCUACCAAAUUGUCAUUGAGGCUCUAAGCAACCAAUCAGCCUCCAUGGACAGAGAGCAACAACGAGUGAUCUUCACCCAUUACAUCUAUCCAUUCCUUUCAAGAAAUGACUCAUCAGAUCCCGGCUGUGUCUCAAACACCAGUGGAAGCAUGGACUGGCUCCAGAGGAACUUUGGCAUCUUUUCUGUUUUUGCAGAACUGCAGGAGUUACAAGUCCUUAAUCCUGACUUCUCCAGCAAGGAAUCACUGUCGCUGCUUACCCCAACCCAAGUGGCACAAUUGACAUUGACCUCUGGGGCAUUGAAUGACACAGAUGACAUUAAACUUGUGUUUACGCGGCUGGAGGAAGGAGACGCUUUCAAAAAUGUUGACGAGUUUCUGACGCAACUGACCGCAAAGGAAGAGAUUCCUGACAUCCAUCCAGCCGUGAGAGAUGUGAUGAUGAAUCAGACGUUCAACAUCAUCAGCCUUCAAUUCCCAGAGUUCGAAACGCUGGACUGGAUUGCAUGGUUCGAAGUAAAGCUGAUUCCCAUCCUCCCCAGUUUUAAUGAAGUCAUGCUCAGCAUUGCUACCUCAAACGUCAACUGCACCAACUACCAAGUCAUUGUAAAUGGAAUGGACAGAGCUUUCCCUGAAAUGACUCAGGAUAGAAGAGAAGGAAUCGCAAGAGUCCUGCUGAAAUACCUGAGGAAAUCUGUGCACCUCAUCAAUGGACCAGCUUGCAGGCAGGACAUCCACGAUGACAAUGACUGGCUUGCAAUCAACCUGGGUUCAUACUCCGAGUACACAACCUAUUCGGAUCUCAAAGACUUCAACAUCUCAGGGGUGGCAGUUCUAGACUCCCUCUCACCAAACCAGAAAGCUGAAUUGAUACUGGACCCAAGCACUGGCGCUCUGGAGAAUGAGACUCUUGUGAAGAACGUUUUCAUCAGCUUGCUGGAAUCUCCAAGGGAAGAGCAGCUCAAUGAGUUCUUUGUGACUUUUGUUGAAGUCACCAAGCAGGAAAACAUCACUAUCAUCACAAACACAGCCGUAAGAGACACAAUGCUAGACCUGACCUUGAUGGCUCUUGCUCCCAAAUUCGACGUUUUUGAGCCAAAAGACUUCCAGCUGUGGUUCCAAGUCAAUCUGGUUGUUCUGCUGGCCAGCUUCCAUCCUGGCAGAUUGGUUGAUAUCCCCCUAAACAUCACCUGUGAAUCCUACAAUGCCAUAUUUACGGGUCUCGACCAAAGUUUGGAAUCUCUUCCGCCUCACCUCUCACAGGGUGUAAAGUCAAGCUUGGAUGCACUGAUGAAGACAUUCCAACGUUGCUCAAGGCCUCCAGCUUUAAUUGUGUGCAAAGAAACAUUGGUCAAUGAGAAACAACUUUGUGCUGGAUUUAACAGCACACAACUGAAGCAACAAAUGUCAAUUGGGAAUCCCAAUGAAUCCCUUUGCAAUUUCAACAUCUCUGAAUAUGCCUGUUCCUCAACAACCCUUCUGGCAGCGGACAACUUGGUGACGAUCCUGAAAUGCCAAUUGUCCAGCAAAAAGACUUACUCAACAGAAAUGUGGAAGCUGUUCUUCCAAAACAAUGCUGCUAUUCUGGACCAGGCUCUUCUGGAUUACUCCAGCAUGAACCCCAACACCAGCAGUCCAGCUAUGCCAAAUGUCCUUGAUGCCAUUGGAGAUGUCAAACUCAACAACUUCAUGAAUGCACAGCUGAACAACGCCAGUUUCGUUGACAAGUUGUUCCAGAAGAUGCUCCGUCCAUUCUUGGCAUCUCCAUCUAGGAAUUUCCUCUCCUGUCUCAGCUCAAAGAACUUCAGUUGUCAGACCUACCAAAUUGUCAUUGAGGCUCUAAGCAACCAAUCAGCCUCCAUGGACAGAGAGCAACAACGAGUGAUCUUCACCGAUUACAUCUAUCCAUUCCUUUCAAGAAAUGACUCAUCAGAUCCCGGCUGUGUCUCAAACACCAGUGGAAGCAUGGACUGGCUCCAGAGGAACUUUGGCAUCUUUUCUGUUUUUGCAGAACUGCAGGAGUUACAAGUCCUUAAUCCUGACUUCUCCAGCAAGGAAUCACUGUCGCUGCUUACCCCAACCCAAGUGGCACAAUUGACAUUGACCUCUGGGGCAUUGAAUGACACAGAUGACAUUAAACUUGUGUUUACGCGGCUGGAGGAAGGAGACGCUUUCAAAAAUGUUGACGAGUUUCUGACGCAACUGACCGCAAAGGAAGAGAUUCCUGACAUCCAUCCAGCCGUGAGAGAUGUGAUGAUGAAUCAGACGUUCAACAUCAUCAGCCUUCAAUUCCCAGAGUUCGAAACGCUGGACUGGAUUGCAUGGUUCGAAGUAAAGCUGAUUCCCAUCCUCCCCAGUUUUAAUGAAGUCAUGCUCAGCAUUGCUACCUCAAACGUCAACUGCACCAACUACCAAGUCAUUGUAAAUGGAAUGGACAGAGCUUUCCCUGAAAUGACUCAGGAUAGAAGAGAAGGAAUCGCAAGAGUCCUGCUGAAAUACCUGAGGAAAUCUGUGCACCUCAUCAAUGGACCAGCUUGCAGGCAGGACAUCCACGAUGACAAUGACUGGCUUGCAAUCAACCUGGGUUCAUACUCCGAGUACACAACCUAUUCGGAUCUCAAAGACUUCAACAUCUCAGGGGUGGCAGUUCUAGACUCCCUCUCACCAAACCAGAAAGCUGAAUUGAUACUGGACCCAAGCACUGGCGCUCUGGAGAAUGAGACUCUUGUGAAGAACGUUUUCAUCAGCUUGCUGGAAUCUCCAAGGGAAGAGCAGCUCAAUGAGUUCUUUGUGACUUUUGUUGAAGUCACCAAGCAGGAAAACAUCACUAUCAUCACAAACACAGCCGUAAGAGACACAAUGCUAGACCUGACCUUGAUGGCUCUUGCUCCCAAAUUCGACGUUUUUGAGCCAAAAGACUUCCAGCUGUGGUUCCAAGUCAAUCUGGUUGUUCUGCUGGCCAGCUUCCAUCCUGGCAGAUUGGUUGAUAUCCCCCUAAACAUCACCUGUGAAUCCUACAAUGCCAUAUUUACGGGUCUCGACCAAAGUUUGGAAUCUCUUCCGCCUCACCUCUCACAGGGUGUAAAGUCAAGCUUGGAUGCACUGAUGAAGACAUUCCAACGUUGCUCAAGGCCUCCAGCUUUAAUUGUGUGCAAAGAAACAUUGGUCAAUGAGAAACAACUUUGUGCUGGAUUUAACAGCACACAACUGAAGCAACAAAUGUCGAUUGGGAAUCCCAAUGAAUCCCUUUGCAAUUUCAACAUCUCUGAAUAUGCCUGUUCCUCAACAACCCUUCUGUCAGCGGACAACUUGGUGACGAUCCUGAAAUGCCAAUUGUCCAGCAAAAAGACUUACUCAACAGAAAUGUGGAAGCUGUUCUUCCAAAACAAUGCUGCUAUUCUGGACCAGGCUCUUCUGGAUUACUCCAGCAUGAACCCCAACACCAGCAGUCCAGCUAUGCCAAAUGUCCUUGAUGCCAUUGGAGAUGUCAAACUCAACAACUUCAUGAAUGCACAGCUGAACAACGCCAGUUUCGUUGACAAGUUGUUCCAGAAGAUGCUCCGUCCAUUCUUGGCAUCUCCAUCUAGGAAUUUCCUCUCCUGUCUCAGCUCAAAGAACUUCAGUUGUCAGACCUACCAAAUUGUCAUUGAGGCUCUAAGCAACCAAUCAGCCUCCAUGGACAGAGAGCAACAACGAGUGAUCUUCACUCAUUACAUCUAUCCAUUCCUUUCAAGAAAUGACUCAUCAGAUCCCGGCUGUGUCUCAAACACCAGUGGAAGCAUGGACUGGCUCCAGAGGAACUUUGGCAUCUUUUCUGUUUUUGCAGAACUGCAGGAGUUACAAGUCCUUAAUCCUGACUUCUCCAGCAAGGAAUCACUGUCGCUGCUUACCCCAACCCAAGUGGCACAAUUGACAUUGACCUCUGGGGCAUUGAAUGACACAGAUGACAUUAAACUUGUGUUUACGCGGCUGGAGGAAGGAGACGCUUUCAAAAAUGUUGACGAGUUUCUGACGCAACUGACCGCAAAGGAAGAGAUUCCUGACAUCCAUCCAGCCGUGAGAGAUGUGAUGAUGAAUCAGACGUUCAACAUCAUCAGCCUUCAAUUCCCAGAGUUCGAAACGCUGGACUGGAUUGCAUGGUUCGAAGUAAAGCUGAUUCCCAUCCUCCCCAGUUUUAAUGAAGUCAUGCUCACCAUUGCUACCUCAAACGUCAACUGCACCAACUACCAAGUCAUUGUAAAUGGAAUGGACAGAGCUUUCCCUGAAAUGACUCAGGAUAGAAGAGAAGGAAUCGCAAGAGUCCUGCUGAAAUACCUGAGGAAAUCUGUGCACCUCAUCAAUGGACCAGCUUGCAGGCAGGACAUCCACGAUGACAAUGACUGGCUUGCAAUCAACCUGGGUUCAUACUCCGAGUACACAACCUAUUCGGAUCUCAAAGACUUCAACAUCUCAGGGGUGGCAGUUCUAGACUCCCUCUCACCAAACCAGAAAGCUGAAUUGAUACUGGACCCAAGCACUGGCGCUCUGGAGAAUGAGACUCUUGUGAAGAACGUUUUCAUCAGCUUGCUGGAAUCUCCAAGGGAAGAGCAGCUCAAUGAGUUCUUUGUGACUUUUGUUGAAGUCACCAAGCAGGAAAACAUCACUAUCAUCACAAACACAGCCGUAAGAGACACAAUGCUAGACCUGACCUUGAUGGCUCUUGCUCCCAAAUUCGACGUUUUUGAGCCAAAAGACUUCCAGCUGUGGUUCCAAGUCAAUCUGGUUGUUCUGCUGGCCAGCUUCCAUCCUGGCAGAUUGGUUGAUAUCCCCCUAAACAUCACCUGUGAAUCCUACAAUGCCAUAUUUACGGGUCUCGACCAAAGUUUGGAAUCUCUUCCGCCUCACCUCUCACAGGGUGUAAAGUCAAGCUUGGAUGCACUGAUGAAGACAUUCCAACGUUGCUCAAGGCCUCCAGCUUUAAUUGUGUGCAAAGAAACAUUGGUCAAUGAGAAACAACUUUGUGCUGGAUUUAACAGCACACAACUGAAGCAACAAAUGUCGAUUGGGAAUCCCAAUGAAUCCCUUUGCAAUUUCAACAUCUCUGAAUAUGCCUGUUCCUCAACAACCCUUCUGUCAGCGGACAACUUGGUGACGAUCCUGAAAUGCCAAUUGUCCAGCAAAAAGACUUACUCAACAGAAAUGUGGAAGCUGUUCUUCCAAAACAAUGCUGCUAUUCUGGACCAGGCUCUUCUGGAUUACUCCAGCAUGAACCCCAACACCAGCAGUCCAGCUAUGCCAAAUGUCCUUGAUGCCAUUGGAGAUGUCAAACUCAACAACUUCAUGAAUGCACAGCUGAACAACGCCAGUUUCGUUGACAAGUUGUUCCAGAAGAUGCUCCGUCCAUUCUUGGCAUCUCCAUCUAGGAAUUUCCUCUCCUGUCUCAGCUCAAAGAACUUCAGUUGUCAGACCUACCAAAUUGUCAUUGAGGCUCUAAGCAACCAAUCAGCCUCCAUGGACAGAGAGCAACAACGAGUGAUCUUCACUCAUUACAUCUAUCCAUUCCUUUCAAGAAAUGACUCAUCAGAUCCCGGCUGUGUCUCAAACACCAGUGGAAGCAUGGACUGGCUCCAGAGGAACUUUGGCAUCUUUUCUGUUUUUGCAGAACUGCAGGAGUUACAAGUCCUUAAUCCUGACUUCUCCAGCAAGGAAUCACUGUCGCUGCUUACCCCAACCCAAGUGGCACAAUUGACAUUGACCUCUGGGGCAUUGAAUGACACAGAUGACAUUAAACUUGUGUUUACGCGGCUGGAGGAAGGAGACGCUUUCAAAAAUGUUGACGAGUUUCUGACGCAACUGACCGCAAAGGAAGAGAUUCCUGACAUCCAUCCAGCCGUGAGAGAUGUGAUGAUGAAUCAGACGUUCAACAUCAUCAGCCUUCAAUUCCCAGAGUUCGAAACGCUGGACUGGAUUGCAUGGUUCGAAGUAAAGCUGAUUCCCAUCCUCCCCAGUUUUAAUGAAGUCAUGCUCACCAUUGCUACCUCAAACGUCAACUGCACCAACUACCAAGUCAUUGUAAAUGGAAUGGACAGAGCUUUCCCUGAAAUGACUCAGGAUAGAAGAGAAGGAAUCGCAAGAGUCCUGCUGAAAUACCUGAGGAAAUCUGUGCACCUCAUCAAUGGACCAGCUUGCAGGCAGGACAUCCACGAUGACAAUGACUGGCUUGCAAUCAACCUGGGUUCAUACUCCGAGUACACAACCUAUUCGGAUCUCAAAGACUUCAACAUCUCAGGGGUGGCAGUUCUAGACUCCCUCUCACCAAACCAGAAAGCUGAAUUGAUACUGGACCCAAGCACUGGCGCUCUGGAGAAUGAGACUCUUGUGAAGAACGUUUUCAUCAGCUUGCUGGAAUCUCCAAGGGAAGAGCAGCUCAAUGAGUUCUUUGUGACUUUUGUUGAAGUCACCAAGCAGGAAAACAUCACUAUCAUCACAAACACAGCCGUAAGAGACACAAUGCUAGACCUGACCUUGAUGGCUCUUGCUCCCAAAUUCGACGUUUUUGAGCCAAAAGACUUCCAGCUGUGGUUCCAAGUCAAUCUGGUUGUUCUGCUGGCCAGCUUCCAUCCUGGCAGAUUGGUUGAUAUCCCCCUAAACAUCACCUGUGAAUCCUACAAUGCCAUAUUUACGGGUCUCGACCAAAGUUUGGAAUCUCUUCCGCCUCACCUCUCACAGGGUGUAAAGUCAAGCUUGGAUGCACUGAUGAAGACAUUCCAACGUUGCUCAAGGCCUCCAGCUUUAAUUGUGUGCAAAGAAACAUUGGUCAAUGAGAAACAACUUUGUGCUGGAUUUAACAGCACACAACUGAAGCAACAAAUGUCGAUUGGGAAUCCCAAUGAAUCCCUUUGCAAUUUCAACAUCUCUGAAUAUGCCUGUUCCUCAACAACCCUUCUGUCAGCGGACAACUUGGUGACGAUCCUGAAAUGCCAAUUGUCCAGCAAAAAGACUUACUCAACAGAAAUGUGGAAGCUGUUCUUCCAAAACAAUGCUGCUAUUCUGGACCAGGCUCUUCUGGAUUACUCCAGCAUGAACCCCAACACCAGCAGUCCAGCUAUGCCAAAUGUCCUUGAUGCCAUUGGAGAUGUCAAACUCAACAACUUCAUGAAUGCACAGCUGAACAACGCCAGUUUCGUUGACAAGUUGUUCCAGAAGAUGCUCCGUCCAUUCUUGGCAUCUCCAUCUAGGAAUUUCCUCUCCUGUCUCAGCUCAAAGAACUUCAGUUGUCAGACCUACCAAAUUGUCAUUGAGGCUCUAAGCAACCAAUCAGCCUCCAUGGACAGAGAGCAACAACGAGUGAUCUUCACCCAUUACAUCUAUCCAUUCCUUUCAAGAAAUGACUCAUCAGAUCCCGGCUGUGUCUCAAACACCAGUGGAAGCAUGGACUGGCUCCAGAGGAACUUUGGCAUCUUUUCUGUUUUUGCAGAACUGCAGGAGUUACAAGUCCUUAAUCCCGACUUCUCCAGCAAGGAAUCACUGUCGCUGCUUACCCCAACCCAAGUGGCACAAUUGACAUUGACCUCUGGGGCAUUGAAUGACACAGAUGACAUUAAACUUGUGUUUACGCGGCUGGAGGAAGGAGACGCUUUCAAAAAUGUUGACGAGUUUCUGACGCAACUGACCGCAAAGGAAGAGAUUCCUGACAUCCAUCCAGCCGUGAGAGAUGUGAUGAUGAAUCAGACGUUCAACAUCAUCAGCCUUCAAUUCCCAGAGUUCGAAACGCUGGACUGGAUUGCAUGGUUCGAAGUAAAGCUGAUUCCCAUCCUCCCCAGUUUUAAUGAAGUCAUGCUCACCAUUGCUACCUCAAACGUCAACUGCACCAACUACCAAGUCAUUGUAAAUGGAAUGGACAGAGCUUUCCCUGAAAUGACUCAGGAUAGAAGAGAAGGAAUCACAAGAGUCCUGCUGAAAUACCUGAGGAAAUCUGUGCACCUCAUCAAUGGACCAGCUUGCAGGCAGGACAUCCACGAUGACAAUGACUGGCUUGCAAUCAACCUGGGUUCAUACUCCGAGUACACAACCUAUUCGGAUCUCAAAGACUUCAACAUCUCAGGGGUGGCAGUUCUAGACUCCCUCUCACCAAACCAGAAAGCUGAAUUGAUACUGGACCCAAGCACUGGCGCUCUGGAGAAUGAGACUCUUGUGAAGAACGUUUUCAUCAGCUUGCUGGAAUCUCCAAGGGAAGAGCAGCUCAAUGAGUUCUUUGUGACUUUUGUUGAAGUCACCAAGCGGGAAAACAUCACUAUCAUCACAAACACAGCCGUAAGAGACACAAUGCUAGACCUGACCUUGAUGGCUCUUGCUCCCAAAUUCGACGUUUUUGAGCCAAAAGACUUCCAGCUGUGGUUCCAAGUCAAUCUGGUUGUUCUGCUGGCCAGCUUCCAUCCUGGCAGAUUGGUUGAUAUCCCCCUAAAUAUCACCUGUGAAUCCUACAAUGCCAUAUUUACGGGUCUCGACCAAAGUUUGGAAUCUCUUCCGCCUCACCUCUCACAGGGUGUAAAGUCAAGCUUGGAUGCACUGAUGAAGACAUUCCAACGUUGCUCAAGGCCUCCAGCUUUAAUUGUGUGCAAAGAAACAUUGGUCAAUGAGAAACAACUUUGUGCUGGAUUUAACAGCACACAACUGAAGCAACAAAUGUCGAUUGGGAAUCCCAAUGAAUCCCUUUGCAAUUUCAACAUCUCUGAAUAUGCCUGUUCCUCAACAACCCUUCUGUCAGCGGACAACUUGGUGACGAUCCUGAAAUGCCAAUUGUCCAGCAAAAAGACUUACUCAACAGAAAUGUGGAAGCUGUUCUUCCAAAACAAUGCUGCUAUUCUGGACCAGGCUCUUCUGGAUUACUCCAGCAUGAACCCCAACACCAGCAGUCCAGCUAUGCCAAAUGUCCUUGAUGCCAUUGGAGAUGUCAAACUCAACAACUUCAUGAAUGCACAGCUGAACAACGCCAGUUUCGUUGACAAGUUGUUCCAGAAGAUGCUCCGUCCAUUCUUGGCAUCUCCAUCUAGGAAUUUCCUCUCCUGUCUCAGCUCAAAGAACUUCAGUUGUCAGACCUACCAAAUUGUCAUUGAGGCUCUAAGCAACCAAUCAGCCUCCAUGGACAGAGAGCAACAACGAGUGAUCUUCACCCAUUACAUCUAUCCAUUCCUUUCAAGAAAUGACUCAUCAGAUCCCGGCUGUGUCUCAAACACCAGUGGAAGCAUGGACUGGCUCCAGAGGAACUUUGGCAUCUUUUCUGUUUUUGCAGAACUGCAGGAGUUACAAGUCCUUAAUCCCGACUUCUCCAGCAAGGAAUCACUGUCGCUGCUUACCCCAACCCAAGUGGCACAAUUGACAUUGACCUCUGGGGCAUUGAAUGACACAGAUGACAUUAAACUUGUGUUUACGCGGCUGGAGGAAGGAGACGCUUUCAAAAAUGUUGACGAGUUUCUGACGCAACUGACCGCAAAGGAAGAGAUUCCUGACAUCCAUCCAGCCGUGAGAGAUGUGAUGAUGAAUCAGACGUUCAACAUCAUCAGCCUUCAAUUCCCAGAGUUCGAAACGCUGGACUGGAUUGCAUGGUUCGAAGUAAAGCUGAUUCCCAUCCUCCCCAGUUUUAAUGAAGUCAUGCUCACCAUUGCUACCUCAAACGUCAACUGCACCAACUACCAAGUCAUUGUAAGAGGAAUGGACAGAGCUUUCCCUGAAAUGACUUUGGGUAGAAAAGAAGGAAUCGCAAGAGUCUUGCUGGAAUACCUGAGGAGAUCUGUUCACCUCAUCAAUGGACCAGCUUGCAGGCAGAAAAUCCACAAUGAUGCUGACUGGCUUGCAAUCAACCUGGGGCCAUUCUCCGAAUACACAACCUAUUCUGAUCUCAAAGUCUUCAACAUCUCAGGGGUGGCAAUUCUAGACUCCCUCUCACCAAACCAGAAAGCCGAGCUGAUACUGGAACCCACAAACCUGGCAAAUAAAUCUCUUGUGCAAAAGGUUUUCCUAGGGGUUCUGGGAUCUUCAGGUGUGGCGGAGAUUGGUCAAUUUUUUCAAUCAUUUGUGGAGGUUGCUUCAAAGAGAAACCUGACAGCUAUUGAGCCAGGACUGCGAGACACCCUCUUAAACCUGACACUGACGGCACUCGCCCCCAAAUUGCAGACACUAGAUACUCUGGGAUUCAAGCUUUGGUUCCAGGUCUAUCUCCCGUUAUUCCUCCCAAGCAUUCAUCCUGGGACCUUUUCCGUCAUCCCAAGGAAUAUCAGCUGUGACUCCUAUAGUGCAAUCAUCAAGGGCUGUGAUAAUGUGAUCACUAGGUUGUCGCUGAUCCAGUCCCAGCAAGUCUUCGUGUUCACCAAGGAUUAUUUGACAGGCCAAUCCAUUGAAGGAUUUUCCUGUGUGAAGACUGUGAGAGAUGACAGGGAUUGGCUCGGAAGCAACUUUGGACAAUUCCGGGUCUAUGCUUCCUAUGUGGACUUUGUGACCCUGAAGAGUGAUUUCAAUGGAGUGAAAGCAGCAGAUCUCCUCACUCCCAUCCAGCUGGCUCAGCUCGCGACGAUUCCCUCCCAACUUGAAGGGGCACAGGGAGUCAACAAGAUCAUGGCAGCAAUCAGUCCGGCUAACUUUGGAUUAUUCUUUGACAUACUCUCACCUGCCAUUCAGAAACACAUGAAGAACUACACAGAAGAGGUGAAAUCAGCUUUCCUUCAGGUGGUGCUGGACAGCGGGAACCUGUCCUCCACCACCAUCAACGACACACAAUUCCUCGUUUGGCUCAGGGUUCGGCUGAACCCCCUCUUGCUGAACCUCUCAUCCAAUCAAGUGACACCACUCUUCCGCAUCAUGAAGGAUAGGGGCUGCAACAGCAGCCAAGAAGCAAUCUCAUUAUUAGACACUCUGCGGUCUACACUGACUAAAGACACACAGAGGGAAAUCUACAGCAAUACCUUACUCCUCCUGAAAGAGCCAACGCCACUGCGAUGCUAUGUAACCGGAAGCUUCUACUCGUUUUUGAGAAGCACGUUCCUUGGCUUUGGAUUCCCCGACCUGUCAAUGCUUUUCACGCUCAUGCCAGACACACGCCAACCUGAGCUCCUGAAUUCCAUAAGCUCCUCUGAGCUGAGUCAGUUCCUCAGUCAACCUCAUGUGGUUGGCAACGGUUCCAACCUAUGUGCUGUCUUCAACAACUACGCCAAGACGCCUGUCUUCCUGGAAACAGAGGAUGUCCCUGAUGCUGUGAAGCAGCUGACCCUUCCCUGUGUCUGGUCGUUAGCUCUGAACAGCGGCAAUAGGUCAGAGGUGAAUGCCUGGUUUGACCUCAGACUGAAGAACUACUUGAGGUUCCUUACCAGGAGCCUCGUCAGCUCAUCUAAAGUGCAAAACGCCAGCUGUCUUGCAUUCCAGAAACUAGUCUCAGUCCUUGGAAGCGAUUUCAGCUACAACAGCUCUGACUUUGCACAGAGUGAUGUGUACAUCACCAUUAAGUCCUACCUUGGCACAGGUGGACCUAGGUGCUACAGCGCAAACGACCCAGAGCUGAACUCUACCGCCUGGUUUGUGAACUACAUCGGUGUCUUUGUGACCUACCUCUCUCUGGAGGACCUCAACACCUUUGUUACCGCGAGUCAGAUCAAUGUAUUCUUGGAGAACCAGGCCAAUAUCAAGCUCUUCAACAACACGGCUAUACCUGCUAACGUCACUUCCUACUACAUCACACAGCUAUACACACUGAACCCCACGUUCAACCCUCUGCAACUGCCUGGCUUCUUCCUGUGUGAGGUUCCAAGUACGGCCUAUAACUCCCUGGGCCAGACAGCCAGUAUGGAAAUCCUGGACCGUCUGCAGCUGUUCUGCAAUGGAACUAAAGACCCUCAGGUAUCUGCUGCACUAGUGGCUAAUUUCCACACUAUCACGGAGAGCACCCUAGCAGCCAUUGGGAACAGCAGCAGUGGCCUGACGACCACCCAGAUAUCCUCCAUCUCUUCCUCGGCACUCGUGUCGUCCCUGACCACACUCGGCUCCGUGAGCGGCUGGAACCUGGGCCAGGCUAGUGCAGUCAUCCAGAGUAUCAUUACCGGAGGCUUCCCGAUCGACACUGCCUCCUCGUUGAUGUCGUUGGGCACACUCGUUGCGGGCGUUCCGUCAGCGGCGAUAGCGAGCAUCCCAGCCACUGAGCUGUUGACAGCAUCCCAGAGCUCUGUGUUUAUCACCAACAUGCUGGCUGCCCCACAGAUUGUACAGGAAACCUACGUCAACAAGAUAAUCACCAUCAACCAAAGCCCCAACGCGUUGGUUGUGAAUGUACCUGAUGCCAUGGCCACACUGAUCCCCAGGGCUCUCCUGACCUUCUCUCAGGAACCUGUGGACGUACAGGCCAUUAACAGAAAGACAUGGAAGCAAGAACAGGCUGUUAUAUUCUUCGGGGACGUGGCGAGCAACGCAAGCAUCGACUCGGAGGAGCUCUCUCCAUCCGUGUUGCAAGGGUUCACAUGUACAUCAGCACAGUCCAUGACAAUCAAAACGGUGCACAGACUGGUUCAUGCCUGCAGACCGAGGAUCCUUAGGGAGAAAGUGGCGCUGAAAGAAACACAGUUGACCUGCAUGUACAAUUUACUGAAAGACAACCUUGACCAGAGUUUUACAGACUAUCCAUCAGACAUGCUACUAUAUUACAACUAUGCAAAGGUUGAAAAAAGCAAUUGCAGGUCCUACUUCAACGCGGCAGGUUCUGCAGACUUCUCUGUCCUCUCCAGCGUGCUGAACAAGGAUGAAAUGCUACUGGACAAUGCAAAAAGCUGCUUGGGAAUUAGUGAAGUGAGUCUUAGCAAAAACCACGUGGAGGUGCUGGGAAACAUGGUGUGCACUAUGAACGGCUCCUACAUCCUAAACUCUGACCCCUUCAUUCUGGAGAAACUGAAGAACUGCAAGGACUUCACCGAAGCUCAAGUCGCUGCCAUGGAAACGCUCCUCAUUUCAGGGACAACACAGUAUGGAAAAACAACUACAUGGAAUCAACAAACGUUGGAAGACCUUGAAACCCUGCCACUGUAUCUGACCCAAAACUUCUGGAGCCUGUUCACAACAGAGGUGAAAGGGAAGUUCCUCAAGUCCUUUAUGCCUCAGCUGAGGAAGCAGGAAACAGUGAAGAGGAAGCUGAAGACACUGUUCAAGCAGAUCAACUCAUUCAGCAGAUCCAAGCGGGGAGCAGGAUGCAUCACUGGCAACAUCACCCAGUCGGUCAUCGCAGACACCUCGUUCCCCUUUGGCUAUGACAUGACCCAGUUUGACCUCUGUCUGGACAUCAGCGUUCUGAAAGACAAUCUGGCCGCUUUCACUAAACAAGUCGAUGACAACAACUUCCAGAAGAUAAUUUUAGUCAAACUAAACCAGGCUUAUCCAUCUGGAAUUGUUGACGAGCAGCUUAAGGUGCUGGGCUCUGUGUCGCGUGUGGCCACUCUUGAUGACAUCACAAAGUGGAGCAUCACCAAAAUCGACACACUGUCAGCACUGAUGGCCUUUGCUGAUGGUCCAUGGGAAACAGAGAAGAGUAAGGCAAUCAUCACAACAUACUUGAACACGUCAGGUAACUCCUUGGGGAGCUCUGAGUUAAAUGCCAUUGGUGCUAAUCUGUGUUCUCUGGAUGUGAGCGUACUGAAGACCAUCACGUCAAGCAGUCUGAAAAAUGCCAAUUCUCUGGACGUGACCUCUUGCUCCACUGAACAGAAGAGGGCUGUAUACGACAUCAGCAAGAGUUCUUUUAGCUCCCAGCGUAUCUCUAAUCCAACAUAUUACCAACUCAUCAGCCCCUACCUAGGCGGUGCUCCCAUUGAAGACAUAAGGAGCCUUGCAGCUCAGAAUGUGAACAUGGACAUAACUACAUUCAAAGGUCUUGAGAGCACUGUGAUUCCUAGUCUGACCGUGAGCGAGGUGAAAGGACUUCUGGGUGCUAACGUGGAUGAUCUGAAGACAUUUGAGAACGACACGGUUGUUCAUGCGUGGUUAAUCGCGCAGCCUCAAUCUGAUCUGGACUUGCUGCGGCUGGGUCUGACCGGAGGCAAAGAAACUUCCACAGCGGUGGUGCCGACAGCGGUGGUCCCCCUCAACACCACGCUGGCACACAACGCUGUCACAGCCAAGCCACUACCAAUCACCACAACUCAGAAUGGUGUCGGUAAUGGAGGAGCACAUCCCGAGAAAGACCUGGGAGCCCUCUCUCUCUGUCUGGCACUGGUCACCGUCAUCCUGCAGAUGAUGUGAGACGAGAUGAUGAGACCACAGUGUGGGCCAGAUGAUGUGAGACGAGAUGAUGAGACCAUAGUGUGGGCCAAGCAUCUUCUAAAAUGAACAGCAACAACCUGUUUUACUUUUAGAAUUGUUGAAUCGUCUUGUACUACUUAUAACCAAGUUUACAAAUAUUUUAUUUAGCCAAUCACGUUUUAAUAAUUUAUUGUUUUAUGUCAUUCUUGUUAAGCAUCACUCUUGUACGUAAUUAUCACAAGUAUAUGUCUAUAUAUAUGUGUUCUUAUUUGAACAUUCCAUAAGAUUGCACAUUUUCAUGUUUAUAUAUUUAAAUGAUCUGUUGUCAAGGAAUGUAAAAUUCAUGAAGUAUGUACACCUGUCCUUGUACUUAACCCACAAAUAUGACCUAUGUAAAGUUAGGGCUCUAUUCAAUCAGUAUCGCUGGCCAACAGAAAUAUAAAGGUAGAUUCUGAUUGAGCUAAAAAUAUGCAGUGUUUACCGCGAAUGCAGUCUCUGCUAACAUGGGAACGUUGCCUUUAAAUUUGAAUCACGCUGUAAAGACCGAACUUCCGUGAUACGGAUUAAAUGGAGCCCAUUAUUCAUAUUUUUUCUUCAAAUUAAUAAAAAUGCAAAUAUACCAUCGGUG